ACUAAACCCGCAUAAUGGGACACCGUCACGACGGAACACAAAACCUUCCAUCUUCCUUUUUAUACAACUGUCAAAAAAUAAUGUUUCGAAGAGCAUGUCUGACAAGUCGACAUGUCUCUUGUAUAGCACGAUCUUAUGCUUCAAAAGCAAGGAUCGACGAUCGGACAAAACAAGCGAUCGAUCAAGUGAAACGACUCGAAUACCAACUCGAAUCACAAAAGAAGAGAGAAGAAGCUGUUGCAUUACUCGAUCAGAUUAGUGAGCAAGACGUUCAAGAAGUAUAUGAACAGAUUUCAGCUGAACGACCGCCCCGACAAUUGAUCGCACCCGACUAUCUGCAAAACCUUCGUGUAAAAUUUCUGGAUACCCGGCAAGAAGCACUGCCAAGCAACGAAGAACGAAAAGAGGCACUGACAGGAGAAACACCACCACCAUCAGCGGAAUUGGUCACACAGCAACCACAGUCGCUUAGUGAUUUGUCAAUGGGUGAUUUUGAGCAGUUGAUUUAUGCCAAUGCACUUGCAAAACGACCUAAAGAGGCUGAACGAGCAUUAGAGCUUAUGGAGGAAUGUGGUCAGGUACCCAGUGUGCGAUGCUACAAUCAUUUGAUGGACGCGUAUGCCAAUGCAAAUGACGUUGAUGGGGCGAUUCAAGUCUAUAAACGGGUCAAAGAGCAUUUGGUGCCAGACAUGUACACCUAUGCAACCUUGAUUAAAGCAUUUAUCCAAGGCUCACGACUCGAAGACGCAUGUGUCGUAUUUGAACGGAUGAAACGAUCCGACAUGAUUCCUACACAGCCCAUCUUUUCCAACAUCAUCCGUGGAUGUAUCCAAGCGGAUCAAAUCGAUCGAGCCUGGGAGGUUUUUGACGCGAUGCGGUUAUCGUACCAUCAGCCCGACGAAGUCAGCUUUACCUUGAUGUUACAAGCUUGUGCAAAGCGUGGUGAAGUGGAAAGAGCGCUCAACGUGUUUGAAGACAUGACUGGCUCCAACCUGUAUCCGACCGAUGUCACUUUUAACGUCCUCAUCAACGCAUGUGCAAAACGGCCAGAUUAUUUCCAGGCCGCUUUCAACCUGUUAGAGCAGAUGCAAACCGUCUACGGGUUCCAGCCUGAUCUCAUCACCUAUAACACCCUCUUGAGCGCCUGUGCACGGAAAGGAGAUCUCAGUCGAGCACGCGAUAUAUUUAAAAUCGUUGACCAGAAUGCGGAUUAUCAUACCUACUCUAAUUUACUGUCAUGCUACGCCAAUUACAACCCAGUCCAUUCACCAUCCACCACCACUACUACCUCGGUCCAGCAGGAGAAAGAAGAAGAAAAAGCAGGAUUGGUGGAACACACGCUCAUGCCUAGCCAGCUGCCACAACGUCGAUCGGGGGUCGUAGCAGAAGCAAGCAAGCUAUUUGAUGCCAUUGUUGCCGAGAAUCGGUGCGACAUCACCUCAUCACUCCUUACUGCCUAUUUGUCUGUCCAUGUCACGCAAAAGCAGGCACGGGACUGCAUGGAUGUUUAUUUGGACAUGUUUGACAGAUAUCAAGUGGAACGCAACCCACGGACGUUUUCGUUCAUGCUUCAGUUUUGCUAUGACCAACGGGACGCGGAUUUCGCAUGGCGCGUGUGGGGCGAUUACCAGGAGUUUUUGGAACGCCGAGAGCAGCUGCGAAAAGAGACCUCCACUGCCACACGGGUGCGUGAAGGUUGGGCACCCGUACAACAACGGCAGCUGGCUUUGCUCAUGGUGAACACGCUUGCCAGAGGAAACGAUCUUAAAAAUGCACUUGGAUUGCUGGCAACCGAGUUUUCUACCAAAGACAGACCAUCCAUGAACGAGCUCAAGACACUACGGAACAAGUGUAUCCAACUAGAAGAUGAAGAAGCAUUACACGCAUUAAAACGGCUUGCAAGACAAGACCGUAAGCUCAAGCCAACCGACUGGCGAUUUAGAAAAUAGAAAAAAAAAGAUCUUCAUUUUUUGUACAUUUUAUUAUUUGCUAGCAUUGAACAAUUCCCCUUCCCUCCUCCUCCUCCUCCCUC